AGGUAGAGGACAGAUGGACAUAAUUUCAAGAAGAAAACUCAAAUGGCAAAGAAAACGUCCUUGUAGCUCAGUUAGCAAGCAGAACCAAUAUCUUGAAAAGAAGACGGUCGAAUCUUUUAGUUAA